AUGCUUUAAGGAGAUGAUAUCAAUAACUACAUAUAAAAAAUAAGUCUUAUUGAAGCUGAGAACCUUAACUAAAUGAUAUAGUCAGUUGUCUAAAAGAAAUCAAUAAUUGAGAGAUACUCGCAGUUCGCCACAGAGUAAUUAGGGAUUGAGCAAGAUAUCAGUAAGCUGAAGGCAAGCAUUAAAUCAACAUUAAAGUUAGGGAUGGUUUUAACUCCUCAAGAUAUGGCUGGUAAUUAAAACAUUGGCAACCUAUUGAAUUCUUAUUUCAAAGGUCAUAACAAGAUUAGCUUUGAUCUAUUUAUCAAUGCCAUUAUCAUUCAUUACGACAUAGAUCUAGUCUCAUAACCUGUUAUAGCUUACUUCUUUCAAAUGAUAUUUGAAAUUUCUGAGCACAAUACCAAUAUUUACGUGAAUGAUAUCAUCUUACUUAUUCAGACAGAGUACUCGUACAGACUUCUCAUAAAUAGACACACUAUUGUAUCAAAGUUGGUUCUCUUGUAGAUAUUUGGUUUAGAUUCAAUAAAGGUCAAGAAAUCUAAAUUGUUAAAAGAUAUUUCUCUGAAGUGCAAAUUAAGAGAAGCUUUUAAGGAUUCAUAGAUGAAAUUUCAUCUUUAGCUGGUAGAUAAGAUGUUUGGUAUAUAUGAAUAAUCGAUUAACAAUGACCUUUCAAAAGAACUGAAGAAGUUAAUUGUAAAUGACGAAUCUGUCCAGAACAUGAGUGCUGUUGAAGAUAAGAAAUUGAAUCAUAAGGAUUUAAGUAGAGAUAUGAAUCUUUAUUAGAUCUGCGCAAUUAUUCAAAGAUUCUAAUUCUUUUAAAAGCAAUAGUUUCAAGAAUUACUUAGUCUUGAAAGUAGAGAAAAGGAGUUUCACGCUUCUAUUGUAGUGCUAUUAGAUUCAUUGACCUAAGAACGAAUGAUUUAUAAUGAUGAUAUAAUUGAACCCCCCAAUUUUAUCAACGAAAGUAACAUCACACAAGAAAAACUUAAUAAUCUUCGUAAAAAUCAAAAGCAGAGAGAAAAAAAGAAAGUAUUAAAUGAAAAAAUCGAACAAGACACAUCAGGAAACAGCAAUCAAACUAGGGAAAAUAAGAUCAUGAUUAUCAAAGAGAACUACGCAGCCAAAUAAGUGUUUUCAAGCAAUAACAUCAGAGUUCCACUACUAAAAUCAGAUUUUAAUAGCUAACUGUCAGUUGGUGGAUUUACACAAUAAAAUUCAAGAUUUGUUAACAGCAUUACUGGAGUCAACGAAGAGAAGGGUCAAAGUUCUCGGCAGCACAUCUCAACAUUCAACCCUAAGAGAUAAUCUAGAGUUACUAUUAAAGAAGCCCCAUAAAAGCAAUUAGAAGAUCAUCAAACUACAAUACUUGCUCUGAGAACUCUAGCAAAGACUCAUUAAAAUGCUAUUUCACAAUUAGCCUAUAUCAGAAGUGAGAUUCUUCUAUAUAUUGAGCAACUUGAGUAAUUACUGUAUAAGGCAGAUAUACAUCAUCUAGAGUAGAGGAAGAAGUAAAUGAAAAAUAUGAGAUUUUAUGAUUAGUAAAUUGAUCUUAAAGAAGAGAGUAUUAAAGAAAUGCUUGGACUUAUAGCUGAGAAAGAAAUGAAUAAAAACUGGGUAUAGGACGAGUUAGAGCAGCAUACUUUAAAAACUAUAGAAGUAAUAAAUAUAAGUGAUAUUAGGAUUGAAAGAGACAAUCUUGAGAUGCACUUGACUGAGCUGAAGAAAAAAGAAGCUGAACUGCAUAAACUAGAAAACGAAUUGGAGAGGGAAAAAGACAAAUUAGAAGAAAAGAAGAGAAAGAGACUGGGUAGAAAAUGA